ACUCACCAUCAGUUGUCUACUUGCUUGUUUUACAGAACACAGUUCGCUCGGAUUAAAUAUGAAAUUGUUGGGCGUUGUCUGCCUGCUAGCCCUGGUGCUUUUCGCAUCGGCUGAAGAUGAAAAGAAACCAGUGGCUGAGGCCAAAGUAGAUGACAGCAAGGCGGCCGAAACUCAGGCGCUCGAUGACAAGAAACAGGACAAGCGUGGACUGCACGGCUGGACCGGUAGCUUCGGUGGAUACGAGGAACACCAUGAGGUGCCUCACUUCGAAACCCACGAGGAAAAGACUCUGACCGUCGUCAAGAAGGUCCCGGUCCCGUACCCAGUGGAGAAGCACAUCCCAGUGCCAGUGGAGAAGCAUGUGCCCGUCCCGGUGAAGGUUGGAGUGCCGAAGCCCUACCCAGUCUACAAGACUGUCCACUACCCGGUCAAGGAGAUCGUCAAGGUGCCAGUGCACGUCCCAGCCCCGUACCCGGUUGAGAAGAAGGUCCCGUACCCAGUCCACGUUCCGUACGAUCGUCCCGUCCCGGUCAAGGUGUACGUGCCCGCUCCCUACCCAGUGGAGAAGAAGGUCCAUGUCCCGGUGAAGGUCCAUGUCCCAGCUCCGUACCCAGUUGAGAAGAAGGUCCCGUACCCGGUCAAGGUCCCAGUGCACGUUGAGAAGCCGUACCCGGUUGAGAAGAUCGUCCACUACCCAGUCCAUGUGCCAGUCGAUCGCCCAGUCCCGGUCCAUGUUGAGAAGCCAGUCCCGGUCCCGGUGGAGAAGCCAGUGCCGUAUGAGGUCAUCAAGAAGGUCCCGUACCCAGUGCAUGUCCCGUACGAUCGCCCCGUGCCGGUGCACGUUGACAAGCCCGUGCCAGUCCCGGUGAAGGUCCCAGUCCCGCAGCCCUACCCGGUUGAGAAGCACAUCCCGGUCCCGGUCGAGAAGCACGUGCCCUACCCCGUGAAGGUUCCGGUCGAGCGUCCGGUCCCGGUUGAGAUCGAGAAGCACGUCCCCUAUGAGGUCGAGAAGCCAGUGCCGUACCCGGUCAAGGUUCCGGUCCACGUGCCGGUUCACCACGAGGAGGAGCACCAUCACCACCACGAGGAGGUCCACUCCGAGGGUCUGAGCGAACAUCACGACUUCGGUUCUCAUCACUAAGCGAAGAAGAGCUCCCAUCAUUUCAUUAUUUAUAUCGCAAAACUUGUGAUCUUAGUUGCUAGCAUACCUCCCCAACUCCAACAUCUCCCCCCAAGCAGCAUAAUCCGUCAUCUCGACUGCUCGACUGACAACUGACAACUAGCUCAAAGAUUCAUCUAGCACAACAGCAAGCCAACCAGCUCUGUAAAGUAAUGUCGAAAAACUGAUCAACUGAACGACCAUCUACGAACAUCUGCUGGAUGAGCCGGAGAGUGCGUGAUUGUGCGAUCGCUGUUCGCGUGGGCUGUACGACGCUGCUGGAGCAAGCCUCAACCUUUCGCUGCGUUGCUGGAGCGUUUCAGCACAGAUCGGGGUCAACUUGACGCCUCGGUUGGGCGGGAAACGUCCCGGUCACACCGAGUCAUCCGGUUGACCCGUCCAGCGAAAGAAGGAGCGAGCUUCAGCUGUUGUGCCCUUUCACACAGCGCGCAAAAUCACACAACUCUGGAUCGUUCUACCCUAUAACAAUGGCGGGAAGGAAAGGAAUUGGUGCUUUAGUCUGGUCCCAAGAGAGAUAGAGAGAAAAAAACCACUGCCCAUCACCGGAAAUCCACUGUUCAGCUCAAGUGUUUCACAUUAAUAGAAAAACACACAACGUUCCUACAUUUGCUACAGGGGCAGAUACAGUCAAUUUCCGGAGACGGGCAACGAUUUUUUUUUCUUUUUGAUUUCAUUUUUGGACAGAGAAAGCCCAUCCAUCCCACUGGCAUUAGCCCGCCAAAUGCUCAUAGACGAAUGUGUUGUGCGGGAAUGCGGAGCAAACCAAAACUAGCAAUUCUCUGCAACUGCACCAUCCAUCCCACAUUCAGCAUUGUUUUCUUGUUAUAUAGAUUUUUAAAAACCCGCGAACAACAGUAGCAAACUGAAAUACCAAAAUGCUUAGCUGCGCAACGAACAAACUAAAAAAAUGGAAAAGAAGGCAAGGGAAGUGCCCGAAAGGAAAAGGCUAGGAAAGUUGGGCGACCGGUGCGCUGAUUAGUUCCUGGUUCCGAUUCACCACCUCACCCCUUUGCCGGGCACUUCUCCCUUUUGGGGAAGCAGAACAAGAAGAAGGAGAAGACGAAGAUUGGUGUAAAUAUCGAAGUGCCGAACAUUUCAAGAUUUUUUGUUUUAUUCUAGCCACCGCCCCAACUCCAACGCAAACUCGUUCGAAGUAAAAAGAAGAAGAAGAAAAAAAGAGAAGGAACGCCGCUUUAGCUACAGCAGCUGCGACGAAGCAA